ACAACAACAACAACAACAAACGCUCAUUGUAAAUUUCGAAGUUUUUUAAAACUUUUUAAACUUUAAACUUUUAAAACUUUAAAAAAACAAUCAUGGUUUGUAAUAAAUGUCAGAAAAAAUUGGGUAAAAUUAUAACACCAGAUGUAUGGAAAUCUGGUGCACGUAAUACUACCGAAAGUGGUGGCCGUUCAAUCAAUGAAAAUAAAGCAUUGACAUCCAGGAAAAAUCGUUUUCAACCAUAUCAAAAAUUUGAAACCUGUAAAAUAUGUAAACAAAAAGUUCAUCAAGCUGGUUCACAUUAUUGUCAAUCAUGUGCAUAUAAAAAAGGAAUCUGUGCAAUGUGUGGAUCAAAAAUUUAUGAUACAAAAAGCUAUUGCCAAUCAAGUGUUUAAUGAUCGUCGUUUUGGACAUGGGAUAGAUUUAGAAUUUUUCAUCAAUUAAUUUUGUA